UCGCCCACGUACGGCGUUAUAUUUCCACUCUCCGCGCAUCUUCUCGUAAAACAACUGCAUCGUAAAUGCAGAAAAUUAUGUGAAUGCAGAUUUUACGGAAGAAUACGACAAGGAGAAUUAAGCGAUAAUGGAAAAUUGUGGAUAGUAGUGUUCAAAGUUCGUUUGUUCGGUCAUUAUUUGUGGGUUCGAGGCGAGCUUUGCUUAAGACCACGUGGCAACCCCAAAACAGCCCACAGCGUGCUGAAUAGAACCGGAAAUCAAAACCAGAAGUCAGCCGGAUACCGAGAAAAGACCAAAAAUACCAGCAAUGGAGUGGGACUGGAGUUGGGCAGUGGGAGGCGUUACCGCCGAAGUUCCAAGGACGACGGGGCCUGAGUGCAUUAACUAUAUGACCGAUCGGAGACGCUGGAUCGAAACGGUGUUACUGUCGGCGCUCUUCAUCUUCAUUAUACACCGGUCGUGGAAACGUCUGGCUCCCAUUAAACUGCCGCCGAUCCAUGAGAUUGAAAAGUCACACAGUCCCACGCGGUUGUUCCUUCUUAUCGCAAUGUCUAUGGUCUUUGGCAUUGAAAUGGGCUUUAAACUGUCCGGGCAGUCGAUGAUCUUCGCCUUGAACCCAUGCCACGUGCAGACGUGUCUGCAGAUCUAUCUUCUGGCCGCCAAGCCUACAAAGACAAAUACGGCAAUGUUUCGGAUACAAAUGAGCAAUCUGAACGGCCCCUUUCUAGCGUAUCUCUUCCCCGAGGUGGAAGGGCGCACGUAUCCCUUCGAGCAAUCCACGUACUGGAUACAGCAUGCGCUGCUUUACAUUAUACCCAUUUACCUUAUACGAAGCGGCUCGUACACCGUUGAGGAACUUGGUGAUUUCCAUUGGACAAAAAUUGGAACAGCUUUCAUGCUGUUUUAUCAUUUCAUUUUCCUCUCUCCACUCUCCAUAUUUACUGGCAUCAACCUGGAUCAUAUGCUGUGCGCAGCCGUGUCUGAUCCGUUUCAGGGGCCCAACUACAGACUUUUUGCUUGUUGCCAUCAGGCGUUGCUCUGCCCGCUGCUCACCAAGGGAACCGUAUUACUUUUCGGCCGCCAGAUUAACUCCUCUAGUGAUAUAAAUGGAGUGGGCGUGAGGAACGUGGGUUGUGAGACUUUGCCCGCUGCGGGGACGGAGGCUGCCAUGUGUCAUCAGCGUAAGCAACAGGACUACGCCACAUCAGAGGAUGCCACAGAGACCUUAAUGCGGCAUCGGUACAAUGUUCAGGCAGCGGCCGCAGCAUCGGGUGGAAUUCAUUCGCAUGAUGCGGACGAAAUGGCGUCCAUAUACGACGCUGCGGAAUAUAGGAUGCCCACGACCAGGAUCGACUAGUACAGAGCGAAGGACAGGGCCUUGCAAUGAUUAUGCUAUAUUGUGUGCCCACUAUGCAUGUCAAUUCUUGAAUUACUUGAUUAACUUUCAGUCCGGUCCACGUUUUGUAAUUAGCCCCCCUUAGCCCACUAUAUAGAGAUAUCGAGGAUUUCAUCUGGGAACUGAAAGGUGUACAUAACUUUGGCGCGCAGCUCUACUGUCCAGUCGACAGUCUUUCCUUUUCGUGGAGUGUUCAACCCUUAUUUCAGGCACAAUAAAAUGAACGGAUUAC